UCCUAAGAGAGGAUCUACAUUCUACGAGAUUUGCACUUGUAACUUGAGCAAAAAUGACGGAUAUGAGGCGCAGCUCGACUAUGAACAGCUUCGUGAAUAUGGCGUCUAUAGGGGAGUUCGACCCUCUGACGGCGACCAUUCCCGCCACCAAAGUUGAAAUCACAGUCUCGUGCAGAAAUCUUCUGGACAGAGACACAUUUUCCAAAUCUGAUCCAAUUUGCAUUCUGUACACCCAAACCAUUGGAAACAGGGAAUGGAGAGAGUUUGCCAGAACUGAAUCCAUCGACAACACCCUCAACCCAGACUUUGUGCGGAAAUUCAUUCUGGACUAUUUCUUUGAGGAGCGGCAAAACCUACGCUUUGACCUGUAUGACCUUGACUCCAAGAGUGAGAACCUGUCAAAACAUAAAGACUUCCUGGGCCAGGCCUACUGCACACUGGGAGAGGUGGUGGGAUCGCUGGGGAGCCGCAUGGAGAGGCCUCUCAUGGGUAUUCCUGGUAAAAACUGUGGAACCAUCAUUGUGACGGCAGAGGAGCUUAGUAACUGCAGGGAAUCUGUUCUGUUGCAGUUCUGUGGAAACAAACUGGACAAAAAGGACUUUUUUGGGAAAUCAGACCCAUUCCUUGUGUUUUAUCGCAGUAACGUAGAUGGAACGUUCACCAUCUGCCAUAAAACAGAGGUGGUGAAGAACACUCUGGACCCCGUCUGGCAAGCCUUUAAGAUCCCUGUCCGUGUGCUGUGCAACGGAGACUACGACAGAGAGAUAAAGAUUGAGGUGUACGACUGGGAUCGAGAUGGCGGCCAUGACUACAUUGGGGAAUUCAGCACCAGCUACAGGGAGUUGUCCACCGGCCAGUCUCAAUUUUAUAUAUUCGAGGUGGUGAAUCCCAGGAAAAAGAAAAAGAAGAAGAAAUACAAGAAUUCAGGAACUGUGACACUGCUGUCCUGCCUCAUCGACACUGAAGUCACCUUUCUGGACUAUAUCAAAGGAGGAACGCAGAUCAAUUUUACUGUGGCCAUUGACUUCACUGCUUCAAACGGUAACCCGUCCCAGCCUACCUCUCUGCACUACCUGAGCCCCUACCACCAGAAUGCCUACGCCAUGGCCCUGAGAGCCGUGGGAGAGAUCAUCCAGGACUACGACAGUGACAAGAUGUUCCCCGCACUCGGCUUCGGAGCCAAACUACCGCCUGACGGCAGGGUCUCGCAUGAGUUUGCCCUGAAUGGGAACCCUGACAACCCGUACUGCAGUGGGAUCGAGGGCGUGAUGGAGGCGUACUACACCAGCCUCAAGUCGGUGAGGCUCUACGGCCCCACAUACUUCUCACCCGUCAUCAACAACGUCGCCAGAUAUGCCUCCCUGGUGAGAGACGGCUCGGAGUACUACAUCCUGCUCAUCAUCUCCGAUGGAGUCAUCUCGGACAUGGCCCAAACCAAAGAGUCCAUUGUCAAUGCUUCUUGUCUCCCAAUGUCGAUAAUAAUAGUUGGAGUAGGACCUGCUGAGUUUGAUGAAAUGAUCGAGCUGGAUGGUGAUGAAGUAAGAAUAUCGUCCAGAGGAAGAUUCGCAGAGAGAGACAUUGUUCAGUUUGUGCCGUUCAGGGAUUACAUCGACCCCAGGGGCAACCACAUCCUGAGCAUGGCUCGCCUGGCCAAGGACGUCCUGGCGGAGAUCCCGGAGCAGUUCCUGCACUACAUGAGGACCAGGGGCAUUAAGCCGCAGCACCAUCCGCCGCCAUCGCAGUCACAGUCGUACUCCUUCCUUCCGCUAUCCUCCUCAGCCUCCAAACCCCCAUCAAUACCAAUGCAGACCCAGAUCUGA